UCGGGGAAAUCACAACACGAUUCAGUCUCCGACAAACGGUCUCCAAGGGUAGAUUGGAAAAAGUUUUUCGCUUCUAUCGAAGAAGAAAGAGUGCUACCUCCUACUAAUACUACUACUACCAACUUCUCUCGGUAUAGUGGAUUGUGAAAAAAAGCAAACAGAGUAGAGUGAAACUCGAGUGAAAUACAAGACGAAAAGUCUGAAAUAUCAGCAGUUCUUGGCGCUAGGCUUUCCGAGAGCAUAAGAAAAGACCUGAGGUAGUGAUUUUCGAGUUAGCUCGUUCACUUCUGGCAAUUUCGAGUGACAUUUACUCUAGGAAGUUUGCGUGUGUUUAAAACAUUAUUGGAGCGAGAAAAGGCGUUAAUGGUUGCAACUUUUUCGUAUGUCUCCAGGCUCCUUCAAAAGGCACGCUAAUGAUUAGCGUUUUGAGCGGUGUCUUCGGCAGUUUUCAUAAACCAACAGUAUUCACAUCAAACAGUGUCGUGUGUGGGCGGGAAACCCCAAUCGUUAAAGUGAAAACCAGCAAACCGACGGUAGUGGCAGAAGACGCAAACGACGACGAGGUGCUCAUACACCCAAUAGACAGACAUUUCGUGCUCAAGUGCAUCGCAAAAAUCGUUACGGUGGCUCCACAGGUCGAACAACCCCUGGUCAGUGGAACAGCAGUAGCAGCAGCAGCAGCGAGAUUUCAUUUUCCGCCGGUAACGAGACCACCCUCACCUCCGCUUGAAGUGGCCCUAGAAAGACGGCCCAACACCUCCAAAUCCAGCCUCAGCUCGGCACCCUAUCUAUCGAUCUGCGCAGUGAAAACCGGCCAUCAGAACACUUCUUCGCCACAAGGUGUGCUACAAAAACAAUCCAACAAUUUCCAACCGCGGAAUGUUGAGUUCAAUUCGUCGUCAACCGGUCAACAUCAGCAUCCGUUCCACUGUGAUGACGACUCUUCCUCGACGACGGGCGGCGUGCGUGGUUUCGGUCUAACGGCUCCGUCGCUAUCCGGAAGUGGCAGCGGUGAUCAUCGGUUCCUUUUACAGGAUCAACCGGAACAGCAGCAGCAGCAUCAUUUUGCCAGUGUUGCCUCGAGCAACCGUCAGAAUAGCAACCACCUUCUGUUCGCCGCCGCUGGUGAUGCCAGUAAUAGCAACAAUGUUGUUGUUGAGCAGUUGAAUCUAUCGGGGGUGCCAGAGUUGCAUGUGAAUUGUAUCCAGCAACAGCAUCAGCACCACCCGCAUCAUCCGCAUCAUCAUCAUCAUCACCACCAUCAUCCAAAUCAACAGCAACAACAGCAUCUGCAUCAUCACCACCAUAUAAGCCACCAUCACCAUCUUAGCCAACAGCUGCAGGAGCAACAGCAUCAGCUCCAACAGCAACAAUCGAGCGGCCAGACGCCUCAGCAUGAUACGGAAUCCGACGAGGACGAAAUUGCACUCUAUCCGCUCAAUAAUCAGGUCGGUGGCCACACCCGGUUGCUGCUGCUGAACCAGAGCACCGUCAUCAAGCCGCUGAACCUGCGCGAGCUCGAGUUCUACCAAAACAUUCCCAGCGACAUCCAGCAGUUCGUACCGAAGUACAGAGGUGUCAUGCAGGCGACCACCAUGGGCGGCACCAAGCUGGAGAAGCGCUACUCGCCCAGCUUCCGGGAUGAUCCGGGCCGCAAGACGGCCGCCUCCAAGCGUAAACGGGAAGAGGUGCUAAGGAUGAAAAUUCACAAGAACGGAAUACCUUCCGAGGUGUUGAAAAGUAUUUCACAGAUCGACAACUCCAACAAACAAUAUUUCCUGAUGCUGGAGAACAUAACCUCAUCGUAUCGGCAGCCCUGUAUCCUGGAUCUCAAGAUGGGCACCCGGCAGCACGGGGACGACGCCUCGGCCGAGAAGCGCAGCAAGCAGAUGGCCAAAUGUGCGGCCAGCACCAGCGCUUCCCUCGGGGUAAGAUUGUGCGGCAUGCAAGCCUACCAGGCCGACAUUGACCACUACGUCAAGAAGGACAAAUACUGGGGCCGGGAGCUGAACGAGGAUGGCUUCAAGGGCGCGCUGCACAACUUCUUCCACAACGGGUAUCGAUUACGCGUCAAGGUGAUUGCCCGGGUCCUGGACAAGCUGGAGCAGUUGCGUCGGGUUAUUGAGAAGCAGUCCAGCUAUCGGUUCUACUCGUGUUCCCUGCUGAUCGUGUACGAAGGUUACGACGAACCGCCGCAAGCCACCACCAUCAGCUCGGACACCGUCGACCAGCCAACUCUGCACCUGGAAGCGGAAUCCAACUCCUACUGCUACGAUGCCGACGCUUCCAAUAGCUCGAUCGAGCAGUUCAACCUGUCGUCCUCGCACGAAGACUACGGCAACACCUCUUCCUGCUCCUCGGUGCACCACAACCGUCUAAACGCCUCGAUGGCCACGGUAGCAACGGCAGCGGCCGCAGCCAAGGCGGCCGCCAAGGCCAGUGCUCCGGCUGCUACGUCCGGAUCCGGAACGGGCCUGGCAGCGAAAGCACCCUUCGUACCUAUUUCGGAAGAAACAAUCUAUCCGGGUGUGGUGGAUGCCAGCCCGGUCCCGAUGGUGGUUAGCAGCAGUGCCGGUCAAGGUGGCCAAGGUUCGGGCCAUCAGCACCAGCACCAACCUCAUCAGGUCAACAGUUCCAGUCCACACUCGAUGGAUUCGUGGAUGAACUACAGUAGCAAUAGCAGUAGCGACGAUUAUGCGUCGGCUUUUGUGGUGCCGAGUCAUGUACAAAAUGUCGCCCCAUCUGCAACGGUGACGUCCGGAGUGACGGCCGCUUCAGUUGAGGGUGCCAGUUCCGACUUUAACGCUGUCGGAUUCAGUGGCCGGGUGGUUCCUCCCUCGACGCCGGAUCACCGCCAUCAUCGGAAGCUGAGCGGAGUCGAGUCGAGCGAGGCCUCUUCGGCGUUGAAAAAGACUUUACCCAAAAAGUCAUCAUCUGAGCAAUGUUGUGGAAUGAGCAACAGUAUUAGUAUUAAUAGUACCAAUAACAAUAGCAGUAGUGGAAGCAGCAGUUGUGGCAAGGUGCACGAUCAAUCGGAUGCCGGAUAUCACGAGGACGAGGAUGUAGAUGAUCUGGACGAUGGUGGAGAGGCUGGUCCGGUCGAUGAUGAGGAUGAACGCGAUGAGGUUGACGAAGACGAGGAUCAUCUACUACAGGAGAAAACCUCCAAAAGACACCGCGGCAAAGACUCGGGUAGUUCUCGACAAGCUGCCAAAGUACAACGUAGUUUGCGUCGCAAACUAAGCUCCAAAUCGUCGAGCAUCGGCGGAGUUGGCUCUUCGGGCACGUCCGGAACCAGCACACUCGGCAUGGCCGACGUUAGGAUGAUCGACUUUGCGCACACCACCUUCGAAAUCAAGAACGGUGGCACGCUCAUUUGCAGCAGCACAAAUACCAAGGUGCAUCAUGGCCCUGACAGUGGCUUUUUGCGGGGACUGGACAGCCUCAAGCGGAUCCUGACGGAAAUCUGCCAGGAACACUAGGUUCUUCCUAUAAAACAAAAAUCCGGUCAACCGGAACCAUUUGAAGGACGUGGAACACUCUCAAAGAUAAAAAUACGGAAAAAGUAUCUCUCUGUCUCAUAAAUCGAAAAAAAGAAAAACAAACAGGAAUCAAAUUGAUACGGAAGAAGAAAAAUACCCGUUUUGUGACCUUUCCUUCCCCCAUCUCACAUGAAAAGUGUUUUAACAACCAACAAAACAAAUCUUAUGGUGGUUAUUUCACCCAAUUCCAGGGAAAACCUGGACCACAGCAAAUGCCCAGGCGCCUACGCGCGCUCGGGAAACUUUCUCCUCUCCCCGUUUUUAUUUUUUCUUGUGAAAAUAUUGUGAUACUAAAAGCAUUUUUUCAUCCGAAGUACAGCCCAUACACGUAUAUGAGAUAUAGAUGGAGAAGAAGAAAAAAAAAGUAUAUAUAUUUAAUAUAAAUUAGAGAAAAUGAAGAAAAAUUUGAAAAAAAAAACAAGCAAAAAUACAGCACGGCAUUAUUUUAGAAGAAACUUCCUUCCUUUGUUUGAAUGUUUUUUCAGACGUAAUUUCCUCAGUUUGAACUUUCUCUUUCCCGAGUUUCCCCUUUUCAGUUGACUGCUAGCAUUUUUCUUUGUUGUGCUUACUACAAUUAUCAUACGCCCAAAAAGAAUCAUCAACAUGAAGCAAUCGUUAUCUUCACCCUAACGGGAGCAGUGGAAGCAUGUUGGAGGGUAGUUUGGAAGCUAGUACUUAUUUCGUAGACAAUUAGUGGUGCUUAUCAGUAUGUUUGAACCGAAGUCAAAGUAUCUCUCGAUGUAUUGCGUUGCGGAAUUUUUCCCGUCAACUCGUAGAAAAAAAUAAUAAGAAGGGGUGUAAUUACAACAAAUAAGAGUGGUGUUACUCGGAAUAUGGCGUGGCGACAACAAUUCGUGUGGCUGGCAGGUGGCCGCCGUUAUGUGACACAUUAGUCGUCGGUGGUGGUGAUUGAACUUUGACACUUUUUCUUCUACUGUUAGCAAUGAUGGAGUUUGAAAAGUUGAAAAGUUUAUUUUUCGUAAAGAUGUUUCCCAAAAGAUGUCGCCGAACCGAUUGAUGAAAGAGAAAACGUGAGAACGUGAUGACGUAAGUAUAUUGUUGAUUUUUUUGUGUUUCCCAAUUGCUUUGUAGUUACAUUCAAUUUGAUAAACGAAAAGUGGCUCCAGAGACAAUUUUCUAAUUGCUUAUUCACCCUUGAGCUAUAAAUAGUUAUGAUGUAAAGGGAAACACUAACAAAAGCAAUGGCUAUAAUUUUCAAAUUUCAAGUAAUUUUGAGGAACAAUUUUCAAAUCUCAAGAUUAGAGGUUUAUUUGAAGCCUAAAUCAGUGAUUGAUCAGUGGCUCCAGAGAGUCAAUAUUUCCAAAAUUUCUAAAAAAAAGUUAUUUGCAUCCAUUUUUUUUUUAAUUUUGACUGAGUUACAACGAAAAUGUUUUUUUGAAGUCUAAUUUGAAGGUUACUGUAGAUAAUGAUAUAAAAUUUGAUGCCGUUUUUCCAAAAUUUUAAGAAAGAUUUUCACUUUUAUAUCCUAACAUUAUAUUUAUUUACUAUCUAUUAUCCUCCUUUAAUACUGAUAUAUUAUUAUUUCGCUUUUCAUCAUCAAAUUUUUAUUAUAAAUCUAUUUUGAUAUUAAGCCUUCGAAACUUUUUUUGUUUACCAAUAGAACUCACUGAACAUUUUCAAAUAUUUGAAUGAUUAUUUUAUUCUGGGCAACAAUUUAAAAAUUUGUCCCACUUUGGGUGUCCAUUUUAAAGCCUAUUUAUUUCUAGGGAAAUUCCGGAAAUUGUCGGGAAUUCCAAACAUGGAAUUCUCGGGAAUGGGACAAGAAAAAUUUAUCUACCUUUUUAUUUUAUUGUUUCAGUUGAAAAUUCUCAAAUUUUAAUUUGGAUUUUUAAUUUAUUUUUUUCGUUGAAAUUGGAUUUUAUUUUUUAUUUUUAAAAGUUUUCACAAAUAUACGAAAAUCUGCUGUUUUGAAAAAUAAAAUAUUUUAUAUAUGGUUCAUAAAUCGUUAACUUUUUGGAAUUUCUCUACAGUUUUUUGAGAAAGUUGUAGAUAAGGAUAACCACUACUAAAAUGUAGAACAAAAUUAUUGGAAAAAAAACUUUAGCCGGGGUCUGAAAAUCAUAAAAAGCUAAAAAAAUUACAAGUUUUCGUAAGUUAUUUGUCAUUUUAGAAAGUUUUAAGCAGAAGAUGAAGUUAAAAUGCCUUUUUUUCCAAAUAAAAAUAGUUUUAAUUUACACACAAGCUUGCUGAAGACAUGAACACAAAUUUGUCAAUGUUGAGAAAUUUGUAAUUAACAAGGUAUCAUUUUUUCGAUUAAUUUAUUUUAAGACUUUUUAACGUAAACCUAUCUGACCUUUUUUUCAUGCCUUCAAGCUUGUUGCAGACAUCAUCAAGAAAUAAAAAAAAGAGAUGAAAAUAUUGAUCUUGCUCAUCCAAUUACUGAAAUUCGAAGUAUCGACAUUUUUUUCCAUAAGCAACCAAUAAUAAAAAUAUUUCAGUGGUGUUCAAAUGUUCGUGUUUAUUUUAUGAAAUUUGUGAAUUUGAAAAGAGAUAAACAAAAUGAUACGCAAAACAUUUAACAAUCUAUUUUUCGUGAUAAUGUAGGAAUUUCAUUUAAAAUUUGAAAUACCAAAAUUAUUUUCAUAUACAAAAUUUUAAGUUUGUAAGCCGUUUAGAUUUUUAUAAUAUUAAUCUCUACAAAUUUACAAACGAGAGCAGAAGUAAAACAAUGAAUGAGCCAACAGAUACACAUAAUUUCAUGCAGCGACUCAAACCAAGUAAUUUCAUUUCUAAAAGUAAUUCUGUCAGUUCGACUAUUUAUAUCAGCUAUUUUGUUUUUUUUUUUCAAUUUUUGUUCACUAGUGGAACUUUGUUUAAAAUGCUAAGCAGGACUUUCAAAAACGACAGAAACAUGUACAAACCGAAACUAGCGACUAAACUAUUAUUAAAAAAAUUAACAAACCACCGGAUGAGAACAAAUUUGAAAAAAAUUUCUAUAAAUAAUUGGUUGAUUGAUUUAUUUAUAGAGGCUUAAAAUAUUUAGUUCAUUCGCCUCUCAUCUAUAAAUAAUUAAUUUUCAUUCGAAAAAUCUUUUUUAUGGAUUAAGUAUAUCGUGAAAAGUUUAUUAUUUUGUCAUACUUUCUUUGAAUAAGAUGAAGGUAAGUUUAGAGAACAAUUAUUUGAAAACAAACGGAUCAACAAAAAUUUCAUUCAUAUUUCAAAGUCAUAAUGAAGUCAUAUGAAAUUCAUCUGUUGGUUUAAAUAUAAAUGUCGCAGAAAUUUCCAAAAACAUUUAAAUUUUCAGCUGCUUUGUAAUUUUGAGACCCUGGAUGAUUUUUUUUUUAAAUAAGUUUAUUCUACAUUUCAGUGGUGGCAGUAAUUCUUAUUCUUAUCUUUAAACUUUGCUUAAGAAACUGUAGAAAAAAUCCGAAGGGUUUAUGAUCUAUAUGCCAUAUAAAAAAUAUUUUAUUUUCAAAUCAUUAGAAAUGUUCAGUUUUGUGUGUAAAAAUUCCGAUGUAGCAAAAAGUAACCUUUUGGUGAGAUUGGAAAAAAAUCCUCUUGAGGGUUUAUUUGUUUGUAGAUAUACUUAUAUGCAACAUAUUUGAAAAUGAUAGAAUAUUACAUUUGAAUUUUUUUGUUUCCUACCACGGCCACAAUAACGACUGAUUGGUUGAAAAAUCCUGUUUUUUAUACACAAUUGUUUAAUUUUUUGUGAGCGUGAUUCAAAGUUCCUUCAAAGUAUGUUUUGUAUUCCUUAUAGUGUCAUUAACCCCAACUUUUUUGUACACAUAACCACAUAACAAUUUUGUGUAUGAUGUUUUCUUAAUCAAAUUUAGAAAAUGUAAAGGAGGGCGUAAAACAGAAUCGAGUUCCUCUAAAUAUUCAAUAAUAUGAGUGUAAAGCAGCAAAUAAAAUGAAUGAAAUUUGUUUAAAAUUGUGAUAUAUUUUGACGAAAUCAUAGCCUUGAACAAACCACGGAAUUGUGACCGGGAAAACCGGGAAUUUAAAAAUGAAAAAGUUGUGGUCACCCUGUAAAUUCUUAGAUCUUUGAUUAUUAUUUCAAAUUUAGAAUCCAGCAUCCAGAGCUCAGACAUUAGAUACGCAAUAUUUAAAAAAUAUUUCAAAGUUUUCCAACAAAAACUGAAUUCCACCGAACAAGUUAGUUGAAAUUCAAAUUUAAAUUCAAUCAGAAUCAUGAACCCCAAUUUGAGAUUUAGUUUUGAUUUAUGGAUCAGUAAUUAAAAUCGAAACUAAUUGUUCAUAAUCAUAUUUGAAAUGUCAGAAGCCAGAGCUCAAUAGUAAUAUUCAGUAAAAAGCAAAAAAAAAAAAUAAACAAAUUUUUCAUUGAAACUUUCACUUGAAAUUUUUAGAUCACAUGGCGUUGUAUCAAAGUAAUAUUUAAUCAAAUCCAAACAAAAAGCAAAGUUGUUGUCAAAGACUGAAAAAAAGAUUGUAAUAUUCGACAAAAUAUCGCAGGAUACUAGAGUUAUUUUCUACUAAAAUUAUUUUCUCGAAGCUUUGAAUUUCUAUUUGUUAAUAUUUUAUUUUCUGCAAAAUAUCCCAAAAAAUAUUCAUACACAUAAAUGUCUACUUCUUUCGUAAAAAAAAACCUGUACGUUGUUUAAAACCGGGGAAAUCAUAUUUAAAAUAUCUUACGGAAAACCGAGAAAUAACUUGAAAUUUGAAAAUGGGAAUUCGCUGGCCACCCUGUUAUUGAUAAAUCAAUCAUAAAUUUCGCUUUUUGAAAUACACUUUUCGAUAUCUUUAUGGAAAAAACGCCUUUAAGUAGGCAACGAAUCUUAAUUUUGUUGCUGAUGUCGUGGCCAAGGUUGCAGAAAACAAAGAAAAAUCUAUAAUUUCACAGAAUUUUGAGCCAAUUAUCAUCACAGAAUCUGUGUCACAGAACACAGAAUUUUCGGAAUAUUCACAGAUUUCACAGAAUUUUAAAAUGUUGGACGUAUUUUUCAAAAUUCAACUUUUUAUGUCAGUAUAAAUUUUGGAUAAUUAUCUUUGAAAUGGAAUAAUAUGAUAGAAUUGGUAAUGAAAAUUGAUUUUUCAUUAGUAAAGUGUAAAAAAGACGCAAUUUGACAUGAAUUUCGAAUGAAAUUGAUGAAAAAGGCAUCACAGAAAACAGUCACAGAAUUUUAGGGUAAAAUCACAGAAAGUCAGAAUUUUUUUUCGUCACAACACAGAACUUUUUCGGCAACCUUGGUCGUGAUAUAAAUGGCGGUAGAUGAUUUUUUUCGAAUCGGCUAUUGGUGCCCCUUUUGAAACUAGAACAAGGGCGAUUUUUUACCAUUAUGCAUUAUCAUUAUUUGGGAGUCAGCAAAUAAAAACAGUAGCAUUUCGUUUUGAUAUUCAGUUGUUCUUAAAAGUUUACAAAUAUGAGCGUAAAACACGUGAUUUUGCGCGCAUUCUGCCCAAAUUUUGAUAUGAUUGACCAUAAAACCUUAUAGGAAAAAUAACAAGUUUCCCGCAGAUUUGAUUAAUCUUACGGUUUCUCAGAAUUGAAAUCAUUUUAGUGAACUUUUAACAUAAGAAAUGACAGUAAAGCUUGUUUGCCACAAUAAAAAUGAAGAAAAACAUCAUUUAGAGCCAUAGGAUAGCGUAUUUUCCUAGAAAAAAUAGCAUGUACAGCUUUCCGCACAAGUCAAAAAAGCCAAUUUCUAGAAAACACGCUUCCAAGUUUUCGUGUCUCUCUGAUUUUCUUUUUAUUUAAAUUAAUAGGGGAGAAUGAGAAUACUUGAUCUCUGGAGAUACUUGAUUCCUCAGCUAUAUCUCGAAACUGGAAUGCCUUAUAAAGGUCAAAGGUUCUAGAAAAUUUGCCAAAUAGUACAAAUCAACAAAUCUGUUAUCUAAAAAUAUUUUUUUGAGUUAUUGCACUUUGUUUAAAAAAACUAACAAAAUGCGAUUUGAAAAUCUUUUUUACCGCUUAAAAAUGUUUCUCACACGAAAAAAUUACAAUAAAAAUAUUUAUUUAUAUGUGUCAAUCGUAUAUUAUGAACUUCUUAAUGCCAUUUUAUCAAAGCAAUAGUAAACUUUCAAUUUUUUUUAAGUUUUCCAAAAUGUAUGUUAUGUGUUCACUUGAUCCUCGAGUCCAAAAAGGUAUAUUUUCUUCUGAGGAUAUUUUGAUCAUUACUUAGCACGAAAUAAUCAAUAUUUAUCCAAUGAAUAAUAUUAAUCCAAUGAUUUCCUAAUUAAAUGGACUAAAAAAAUGCUUUGAUCUAAAAAUUAGAAAAUCCCGCCUUAUAGUAUGCAAUGGAAAUAGAGUAGUAGACAAACUUUUACAACAAACAAAAAUAGUAUGGCCAAAAAUGUAAAUGGAACUUUUAACUUCAGAUUUUGCAUGAUUUUUUCCAAAGCUUAGGGCACCCUGAUCAAAGGAUCAAGUCUCCUUGAAUAAAGGAUCAAGUCUCCUGUAAUUUUUAAAAUAUUACAAUUUUUUUUAGUCCUACGAAAACGCUCCUCGUUUAUCAACGGAUUCAUUUACCGUUUUAACUGUUGGAGCAUAUACAUUUGAAGUUUCAUGUUAUCAGAAAAUUCAAAAUAUGACGAUCUGCAAAAUUUUCCCAAAAAGAUAUGAUGAAAAUAAGAAAAAAGGAUCAAACUUCCCCAGUCUCCCGUACAUAAUGUUUCUAAUAGACUGAACAUCGUAAAAUUGAACACGGAAUCUAUUCCUUCUAAAUUUGUUUGAAUAUGUUUUUUUUUUCAUAUUUUCCAGCUAUAAUGUUCUAAGGCUGGAACCUGAGUUUGGAUUUCAGAACAAAAGAAUUUCUGUUUCAAUUCUAGUUUUGGCUUCAAACGAAAAAAAAAUCUGAAGAGUUCAUACUUAGAAUGUUACAAUUUUUUUUAAAUUUUAGUCAUUGAAUUUGUCAAAAUUCCCAUGUUUUCAAUUUAAGAUUUUAUUUAAGCUUUAGCUUCUUAAACGGGACAAAGUUCAAAUUUUGUAAAUUAUCGCUGAAGAUUGUGGCUCCAGAGAGUGAGGAAUUAUUGUUACGAAACUGAGAGUAAAGUUUUUCAAAAUUUAAAUAUAACAAUAGCAAUCAUACGAACAUUUAAAAUCUCAAGCGAAUAAUAACAAAUCAGUCACGUAAAACGUGAAAGAAUUAACCAUUAAUUCGUUGAAUGAAUUUUGACUCAAAUUCAACAUUUUGAGUUUUGAAUGAUGUUUUAAAACUUUGCUUUUUGGAGCUUAAUCUGUCUAAAAAAGAAAGCAUUAAUAUUGAUAACGUUAAACGAAAUCAUUCAAAUUUCAACCGAUACAAAAAUCUUAAUAUGAAUUUUUAACCUAAAUUUUUAUUCACAGCUCAUAACGUUAAAUUUUUUUUAUUGAUUCUGAAUAGCAUAAUGCUUUUUUCCUAAAUGUUCAUUAAUUUCUCUCAAAUAGACUUAAAUUAAGGUUAACAAAUCCAUCGGUCUCAAAAGUGGCUCCAGAGAGUGUAAACUUUUAGCAAGAGCACAGGGUGAAUAAGUUGUUUCAUUCCAUGGUUUUUGAAUCUGUUUUAGAAAAAAAAAAUUAUAUUUUAAUGUGACUGCCCGGUUUUAUCCUGGUUUGUCCGGGUAUUUAGUACAACAUUUGAAAACAGUCCGGCCCGAUAGCCCGGAUUUCAUUGAAAAAAGACUCGGAUUUUGCCCGGAUUUAUUCUCUUUAUUGGGCAGAUGAAAUGAAUAAAAACAAAUUUUGUUGUUGUUUUUUUUUUAUUUAUGUCUCCAAAACGAAAUGUUUCAAGCAAAUUUUAAAAAAAUUAUCAUAAAAAAAUUUCCUGGGAGUUAAAAGUACGAUUUAAAACGAUGAGAUUUGAAAAAAAAAUUCUUUCCGUUUUUCUUCUUGAUUUUUGUUGAGUAAUUUCUGAGUUUUGACCAAAUUUUCCCGGAUAUUUCCCGUAUUUUUGGUUGCCCGGAUUUGGCCAGGUUUUCACGUAAAAUUGUCCGGCCCAAAAAUGGGCUGAAAAAAAUUGAGCAACUUUAGACUUAAACCAAAUAAAACAACAAUCAUUGUUUCCAACUAUCAAUGAUUCGGUAUGUUUUAUUAUAUCUUACUUUUAAUUCUGUUUUCCUUCACUGCUUUUCGUACUUUUUUUGCACUUUUUACUGAAUACUGAAUACUGAUACUAAAUCACUUCCUUAAAUUCUAAACUUAGUCCAAAAUUAAAGUUUCUUAUUUGAACUGAGUACUCAGUCUUUUUUUAAUUUUUUUAAUGAUAUUUUAAGCGAACUUUAUUUUGAAAUUUUUUACAAUAAUGAUGAAUUUUAAAACAAGAAAACAACUUGGUGAAUUAGAACAAGUUUAAAGAAAAUUGUGGCUCCAGAGAGUUUGCAAAAUAUCUAUACAUUUCCAAGUCAUCAAUGAUUCUCCCGUUGAAAUAUAGAUCAACCUGAAUUUAAAUUAUAAAAAAAAUGUUUAUGUAAUCGUUCGUUCAAAAAUAAACAUAAUGUGUUUGUGGAACUUUUUAUACAAAAAAAUCUUAUAGAAUGAGCAAAUGUUUCUUUCAAUUUUCCAUUAUGCAUUUGAUUGCAUUAAAGAAAUUGUGAAAAAUUUUAAUGACGAAUAAAUUUUAUGAAAAUUUAACCAAUAAAAGGAAAUAAUUUUUGUUAAUUUUCAAACUUCUGCAUGGAAAAAUGAUCUUGCCUCGACUUAUUUUGGGAAACAACCUUCCUGUUCUACAAUUUGAGUGUAUAAAAGCCACCAGAUUCUCAAUUCGCCCACCAAUCAAAAUCACCCAAGAUCUCCGCUACUCCUUGAAAAACUGACUGCUCCUCCAUUGUGUAUUCUAGUUAGAUGUUGGUUAAGGUGUAUUAUUUCCGUUUUUUUAGCCGAUUUUUAAUUUAAUUUUUGACUGAAGACAAUUCAAUCAGUAUUAGUCUUUGGAAGCAAAUUUUCUGUUGAAGGUUAUGAUUUUUUUGGUGCAACUUAGUAAUGUAAGAACCCGUUCCAUUCAACUUUGUGAGGCUUUACGGAGUUGUUCAAUUGUAGAAGCGCAAAUUUUCAGUGGAAAUGAGAGAAAAAUUAUUUCUCUACGACACACACACACACAACGUGAAAAAAUAACGACCUGAGCUCUUAACCUUAUCUUAUUGUAUCGAUUAAGCGUGUUAGAUAGAGUUAGGACUAAGGUUUAGGAAUAAAAAGGGAGAAAGUGUGUUGAGCAUAGCUUGUUAGUCCCUGUUUGUAAUUUGGAGAAAAGUUCAAAGGAAAAACGAAGAAAAAAAACAAAAAACAAAAAUUUAACUUUUAUCAUCCCCCAAAAGUCUAAGACAAAAUGCCAAGCCAAAUGGGCGAACCGAAACAAAAAAAACCACAAGACAAAACUGAACGAAACCUUAUUACUAUUAGAAGAAGAGAAAAAACAACCCCACAAACCUACGAUAUAAAAAGUAUAUAAUUUGUAAACUCUACCUUCUCUGCAAAGUUGUACAAUUUCACAGCGCAAAAUGAAAAAUGAUGAAAAAAAUAUAUAUGCAUUGUUUCGAGAAAGAAAAACAAUGGAUAAACAAAUGGAACAAACAUAACAGUUAAACAACAGACUUGAAGCAGCCCCGCAAAUUAAAAAAAAAUCCAAACACGACUACAAAAAAAUAUGAAGAGAAUCUAUAUUUAUCAAACUGAAAAGAAUAAAAAACGGCACAAGUGAAAUCGACAAAAAAAAAACUGUAUAUUGGAAUACAAUUUCAAACAAAAAUAAAUUGAGUAACGUUUCUAGUAGAUGAACCACGAAAAUGAACAAACGCAAUCAUUACAAGCGAUUAUUUGUUAAAGUGUCUACAUUAGCUUUCCAAAAGGUCGAUUGUGAUUUUCACGUUAGAAAAGAAUAAAACAUAAUUUGAGUUCCAACUUGCGUUUGGUGAAAAACAAAAAUUUUUUUUAUUCGAAUUUUUUUUUAAAUUAAAUUUGAAGAUACCUUUACUACACUUGUGUAGAAGUUUGAAUUUUAUUUUGAAAUUCUUAGUCCUGAUAUGAAUAUUCAUUGUUGGUGCUGCUUAGUUUUAAAAAUUCCAUCCGUUAAAUGUUUGAAUAACGAAUUUUCUCCACUAACGAACCAAUGUACAGAAUUCCAAACUCCAAAUCACAGAGCUAAUAAAACUACAUAAAACUAGUAAAA